AUGGGUCGCGCCCGACGAUCCAGGUCUUCCCCUCGAGCUGUACGGAGAUCACGGUCAAGAGAGAGGAAGGCCAAGGCCAAAAAGCACAAGAAGCGCAGGAGGUCCUCCUCCUCCAGGACUCGUCGAAGAUCGCCCUCGGUGCAGGAACUGGAUGCGGCGGCGCUGGAAGAGCAGCGUCGCCAGAAGGAGCUGGAGGAGAAAAUGAUCGAAGACGAGGUGGCCCGGCGCUAUGCGCUGGAGCUGCAGCGCACGCUGGAGCAGCGGAUGGCGAGCUCCGAGUUUCAAGAGAUGGUCAAUGAGAAGGUGGAGGAGGAGCGAAGACGAUUGGAGGAGAUCAUGCUCAAAGAGGUUGACGAGACCAAGCGUAAGAUCCUCCAGGAGAUCGAAAGGAAAGAGAAGGAGAAGCACGAGAAGGAGGAGGCUGAGAAGGAGCUGCGGAAGCAGGAGGCCGAGGUCAAAGAGUUUCAGAAGCGGAAGGAGCUUGAAGUGCAAGCCAAGCUCGACGAGGAACGCCUCAAGGAGUUGGAGCGCCGUCAAGAAGAGAAGCGCUUGAAGCGCGAAGAGGAAGCUGCCAAAGACGCACAGAAGGCGGCGGAGACCUCGCGCUUGCUGAACACGAAGGGUCAACGGCAGUCGGUGGGCUUCAAGCUGAAGCCCAGCAUCCUUUGA